AUGAUGUUCAAGGGAUUUACAGACGGACCUGAUCUGAGGCCGUUUGCCUGUGAUUGGGAGUCCUGUAACAAGGACUUCAAACGCAGAUCAGACCUAACGAGACACUACAAAAUUCACACGAAUGAGCGGCCACAUCCGUGUACGGCCCCUGGCUGCGAAAAACGCUUCAUUCAACGCAGUGCCCUCGCUGUGCACACUCGAACGCACACCGGCGAGAAGCCGCAUAAGUGCAAAUACCCCGGUUGCAUAAAGAGGUUCUCAGAUUCGUCUAGCCUUGCUAGACACCGUCACGUACACACUGGGAGUCGUAGUCGCAGAUGCGCACACAUCGACUGCCCGAAGAGGUAUGCACCUUGA